UUGUGUUGUUGUGUGUGUUUAGUACCGGAGUUAAGCAUCAGUUUCUGUAUAGUCAUAGACACACUACUCUCUCUCUCUCUCUCUCUCUCUCUCUCUCUCUCCCAUUCUGUCAACUGAUUGGUUGCAUAACAGGUGCACAAAAUGUAUUCACACUCAUCUCUUCUAUGAUUUGUUGGGCGAGAAAAAAACGUAAUGAAUGAGGAAAUUAUGCGUUGAGUGAAGACAUCUGCCCAACGACUUGAUAUAUAAUGACUAAACGAACGAUUAGUAGUAAUGGUUUGAAGGACUUGACGACAAACGGCGACCAACCGGUUGUCGGCGGCGACGAUAAUGAGGACGAAGUGGACGAAGAGGCGGCUCUGGACGACACGGGCGAAGAGCAACUCAAGCCCAUUAACUCGGAUAACAGCAGUGCAGUGAAUAAAGACAAGUCACGAGUGAAACGGCAGUCACUGAUACUGCGGAGGGGCGACACCGACCUGAGUAUUGACCACUCGGGUGUCCAGCGAUUUUUGCCCACAUGUAUGCACUUUGCGUUCGCCGAUCGCGACGCCGAGCGUCUAUACCGCGAGUAUUACGAGACUGAAAAGCGCAGUGACUUUAAGACAUUGAUAGUGAUUGUGUUGAUCGUAAAUGUGGUGCUGUUUCUACUCUACUCGCUGUCCUAUUCGUCGACACAUUUGCCGCAAAUGGCGGUAUUGUUUGUGACAUUCGCGCUGACACUGAUAGGGCUGGUGUUGUGUGUGCAGCGAACUGAGCGAACUGUCACCUCUCGGCUCUGGACACUAAUUCCGUUCAUUCUAUGGUCGGUACAAAUCGCUCAGAUAUUCUGUGAUGUUUGGAUGUUCGCUGUGCCGGCGCUGCCCAGCGAUUCCGUGGCGUUGAUAUUGCUUUACACGUACUCGGCGUACGUGAUUUACCCGCUUAGGCUUCGCAUCUGUAGUACUCUCGCCAUUCUCAUGGCUUUCAUACACUUCCUAUUCGUCACCAUUGCUCCCAACCGACGACAAGAGAUGUUCGUCAGUCAGUUAGCGGCUAAUGUGAUCCUAUUUGUGGCCACCAAUCUAUUGGGCACAAUGUCUUUCUUCUUCUAUGAGCGCCAACAGAGGCGAGCCUUUCUCGAGACGCGUCAAAGUCUUGAAGUGAAAUUAGUUCUCGAGGAAGAAUCACAGGAACAGGAGAGACUACUGCUGUCAGUACUACCGAAACAUGUGGCCGCAGGUAUACGGCAGGACUUGGGGACUGUAGUCGACGGACAGUUUCAUAAAAUACAUAUGAGCAUAUUAUUCGCGGAUAUCGUUGGGUUUACGGCCAUAUCGUCGACCUGUCCCGCACCAGAACUCGUCCGAACACUGAACGAACUCUUUGCCAGAUUUGAUAAGUUAUCCGAUAUGUGGUAUCGACUCGACUCCGAUCUCUCACACGAUUACAAACACAGCCUCUUUCGCAGCAAACCUUGA